CAGCUGAACUACACGCAAGUCAGACAGACAAAGAGAGAGCGAGGUCUUUUCUCAGCAGCUCAUGUCUAUGAGAGUUCUUUAGUUUUGUUGCCUGUAGAUGUAAAUGUUUCCGAGUGUGUGAGUGCGUGUGUGUGUUUGUUUGUGUGUGUGUGUGUAUGUGUGUGUGUGAGAGAGAGAGAGAGAGAGAGAGAGAGUGAGUAUGUGUGUGUGACAUGCCUGAGGAGGAAUAGUAAUCUAAACACCAAAAUGGACUUCCAACACAGGGCAGCUCUGGAUAUCUCCACCAGGAACCCUCAGGAUGAUUUUGAGAUCCUGCUGAGAGUCGGAGGAGGAACUUAUGGAGAAGUCUACAAGGCACGUAACAAGCAGAACGGAGAGCUGGCAGCCAUCAAGGUCAUCAAGAUGGAGCCAGAGGAUGAUUUUUCUAUCAUCCAGCAGGAGAUCGUCAUUGUGAAGAGCUGCAAACAUCCCAACAUAGUGGCCUAUUAUGGCAGCUACAUACGAGCUAAUAAACUGUGGAUCUGUAUGGAGUUCUGUGGAGGAGGCUCCCUCCAGGAUAUCUACCAUGUGACUGGUCCUCUGUCUGAGUCACAGAUAGCGUACAUCUGCAGGGAGAUGCUACAGGGCCUGGAUUACCUGCAUGCACAGAAGAAAAUCCACAGAGACAUCAAGGGUGCCAACAUCCUCCUCAAUGAUCAGGGCGAGGUCAAGCUGGCUGACUUUGGGAUCUCAGCUCAGAUCACAGCCACUCUGGCCCGGCGGAUGUCCUUCAUUGGGACGCCAUAUUGGAUGGCACCAGAGGUGGCAGCAGUGGAGAUAAAAGGCGGCUACAAUGAACUAUGUGACAUCUGGUCUGUGGGCAUCACAGCUAUAGAGAUGGCAGAGCUACAGCCACCAAUGUUUGACGUCCAUCCGCUGCGCGUCCUGUUUCUCAUGUCCAAGAGCGGCUACCAGCCUCCGAAACUGAAAGACAAGUCCAAAUGGUCGUCCAAUUUUUAUAACUUUGUCAAGGCCAUGUUGGUGAGGAACCCGAAGAAGAGACCCAGCGCCUCCAAGAUGCUCUCGCACACAUUUUUGACCCAGCAGUGCCUGAACCAGGAGCUGACCCUGGACCUGCUGGAGAAGUUCUGCCACCCUGAGAAACUGAAGACCUGCCUGAUGUCGGAGGACGAGGACAUGGAGGUGGCAGUUCCAGGAUCUUUAAGGAGGAUCCAGUCAAUCAACAAACACAACCGGGCAGAGAGGACAAACUCUGACAUAAGCUUGGAACAGAUUUACACUCAGAGGCCUGUGAGGAAAGAUUCGCCAAAUGUAACGUUAAGACCUUCACUAGGAUCAGCUGGCAGUAGCAAGAGUCCAGUGAGGGAUGAGGACACAGAAUCAGAUGAUGACUAUGAUGAUGUGGAUAUCCCUACGAUAGCCACAAGUGACAUAGCUGAUGAAACCCCGCCUCCACUUCCUCCAAAGCCUAAAGCACGCACCAGCUCAGAGGAAAGCAUGGCGGGAGAAGAUGAGCGGGCAAGGAAACCAUGCUCCCUGUACGCCACCGCCCUUCUCAGGACCUCCAGUGGGACGCACGUCCGACCUACGCCCCAACCACGAUCCUCACGACACUCAGACCCUAUGUCCUUACCCGUCCAGUUGAAUGACAACCCACUGGACCUCCUUCCUCCAGAGCUUCCUCCUAAAGGCAUACGCAGACGGCAACCCCCGUCAAAGGACCCCGCUGAGUGCGUCAGCCCUGUCAUGAAGAAACCUCCUGUCUACUUUAAAAAGAUCUUCCAUGGCUGCCCUCUUAAAAUAAACUGUUCCACCACCUGGGAAAACCCAACUAACAAAGACCAGCAUCUGAUCCUGGGGGCAGAGGAAGGGAUCUAUACUCUUAACCUCAACAGCUCAGAGGCCACAAUGGAACUGUUGUAUCCCGGGAAGUGUACAUGGGUCUACACCAUUAAUAACGUUCUCAUGUCUGUAUCAGGUAAAUCACUGCAGCUUCACUCCCAUUCGCUGAAGGAGUUGUAUGAACAGGCUCGGAAAGACCAGAGGAUGGUUGCCUUGCCGACUCACAGACUGUUACCUAGGAAAUAUGCAGUGACGUGUAAAAUACCCGAUACAAAAGGCUGCAAGACCUGCUCAGUUGCAGGUAGCAUGCAGAGAGGCUGUGUGUUCCUGUGCUGUGCUCUGGAGUCCAGUGUGGUGCUGCUGCAGUGGUACGAGCCCAUGCACAAGUUCAUGCUCAUUAAGCAUUUUGACUUCCCCCUGCCCAACCCUCUGCGGGUGUUUGAGAUGGUUGUGGCACCCCAGCAAGAGUACCCGCUGGUGUGUAUCGGUGUGUCUCGGGGGUCCAGCCCCAGUCUGCCAGUCAGUGUAGAAUACAUGAACCUCAACUCCAACACGUCCUGGUUCACCAGCAUUGGCCUGGAGAAACCUUGUCCAGACGUUGUGCAAGUAAACCAGUUGGACAGCAGCUCACUGCUCGUCCUCUUGGAAAAGUCAGUACAUAUAGUUGAUCUGAAGGGGGAGCUGAAGAGCAACAGGCCCGUGACAAAUGAGACCACCUUCUCUCGUGAUGUUGAGUCUAUAGUGUAUUUUGAGGACACGCUGUUGGCAGUGUGGCGUCACGGCUGGCAGAGGAGAGGGCAAAGUUUCACUGAGGUGCUGGAGGAAACCACUGACCACAGGAAGAUCUACAGAUUGGUGCAGUCAGACAGGAUGGUCAUUUUGGAGACACAUCAGACUGAGGACCAGUCAGGCCUGUCCAACUUGUACGUCCUGGAAAUUGCUGAGAAUUACGUCAUGCUGCCCUGACUCUCCUUCCUGCUGGCAUAGGGCAUCAUGGGAAAGUCCCAACUCCACUUCCAUAUGAAUGCCUCUACCCAGGAUUUGCAGCAUUCAGCGGGAGGAUAAUGGACAAUUGGGCAGCGACAUUUGUUUAUCAUCAUCUGUCACCAUUAACUUUGAUGGGCAUGGAUGCGUCACUGCUACAGUGUUUUAUUUUCUAAUGGGAGAUGAAUGUCAGGAGGAUGUAAUGGAAGGAUGUUGCAGAUUCAUACUGGCCUGAGAUGAUUGAUGUGUUGUAGCCUUUAUCCCUCAAUCUGGGGGGAGUGUGCUCUUAUUUAUGCUCAUUUCUACUUGAUUUGUGAGAUGCAGAACAAUCUCUAGAAUCUAGACAGCUGAGAAUGAAGGGAGGUUGUCCUCUAAAACAAAAGUGUCUACUUUCUCCUGCCACAGUAUUGUUGAUCACAGAAGCAGCUGAAAUAUAUGGCUUUUGAAUGAUACCAUAUACAAGAAUAUAGGACUGGAGCAGAGCAGCACUGCUGUUGCUUGUUUUUCUUAUGUCAGUGUUGGAUCAAAGAUACACACUUCUUACUGCCCUUACACUGUAAUAAAGUUAA